AUGUCACCUCAACCAGACAUGAUCAGCUUCCAUGGGUGGACCAGGUUGAAUGAAACCUCCUUCCUUCUAAAAGUGCAGGAAAGCAGCGGCUUUCAAAAGCUAAUUGGAAGCUACAGCAAAUCGUUUGGUGUGCCUCUGGAUGACAACAACCUUCAAGGCUUUGCUGAGGAGAUGUGCAGGUGCUGCUUGAGAGAAGCAGAUGAUGUGAUGUUCGAUGAUGGCCCGCUGGCAGCAGCUCUGCAAGAGGUCCAGCACUACAAACAGAAGCUGAAUGAGUGCAACCUAGCAGCGGUCAAGCAGAUUGCGGCAAUGAGAGAUGGAUGCCACUUGAGUGAAUCCCUCAAAGAAGACACUGUGAACUUCCAUGAGCCAUUAACCUUCAUGGAUGAGGAGCAGCAGAGGCUUGUCAUCGCUGUGGUUUGCGACAAGAUCCGACAACUUCAAAACGGGACUGCACCACCAUCCCUUGUGGAAGCUUUGACGCGAUAUGCAGAAACCAUUGUGAAGCAGGAAGAGGCUGCAGGUUUGGAUGAGAUCCUGGAAAUUCAGUCUGGUCUCCAAAAGGUUCGCAUUCAGAAGAAGGCUGUCCAAGUGAGGCUUGAGUAUGCUGAGUCGGAAAGUUCAAAGCUUCGCAAAGAAUUGGAGGAGGUGAGAAGCACCUUGGCUGAUACAACCAAAGCCUUUGAGGAACUGAAAGAGCAGGAACCCACCUGGCAAGAAAGUUUGGAGGAGCUUCGGGACUUGACCGAACAUCAAAAGGCUGAGCUAGACCAGCACCGUGAGCACAUUGAAAAUUUGAUGUCCGCAGUGGAGCGGCGUGAGAAGAUCAUCCAAGAGCACGCAGAAGAGACACAUCAGCUCCAAGAAGAGCUUACCACUGAGCGUAGCUCCAGAGAGGCAUUGCAAGCAGAGCUUGCAGAGGUGCAGAAGGUGUCCGCGCAGCGACAUGGUCAGCUGGAGGAUCUACGUUGUGUAAUGCGAGGAAUUGAAAUUGAGCUGAGCUCUUGUGAAGAGAAAUGUCAUCAGCAGCAGAUGGACCAAGAACGCCUUCAAGAGGAGCUGAAACAGAUGGAGGAUGAACACUUUUGUGAGCGGCAGCGCCUGCAGGAAGAUCUGGAACGUCUUUUUGAGCAGCAUGCUUCUUUGACACAAGAGGCAAAUGAAAUGAGGGAGGAGCUUGACAGAAGGAACAACACAGAAACCCAAGAGACUCAAACUGAGACAGGUGGACCAGUAUUGCAGGAACUGCUGGGAGACGGCAACCGGCUUCGAGUCAUGAUUGAGGAGUUGCAGAUGAAGUUUCGAGAUGUUUUGGAAAGGUACCGACAGAAGUUUGGCAGUAAAGCAAAGGAGCUGGCUGCAGAGACUGGCAUGGAUGAACUUCUGAGAGAGGAGACUGCCUUUCAGCGUCUAUAUGAUGACGGCCUUCUCCGUGUUCAGCGUUUGGAGAAGUUGCGGGAGAAAGUGCGCAAAGAACGGAGCAGGCUUGGCUUUAUGGACAAAGCUGAGGCGUCUGUUCUAGCUUCAGUGGAGCAAAGUGACCUGAAAGGUGCAAGGCAGAUCUUGGCGGGAACAGAGAACAAAGAGAGCAAGGUCAGUGAGAAGGGCAAUGGCCACAACCGCGAUGAGGUCUUGGGCUUCUGUGCCAACACAGCCAUCGAGCGGCUUCUUGACUGCGCUCAGAUCCAUUCCCGCUCAGAGUACGAGGAAAUUGCUAACACAGCAAUGGGCAGAGGAGGUAAGCUUGCCAUGGCAUUUGUCAUCGGCAUUACGACCUUUAUUGCCUCGUUGAGCUAUUUAGCUGCUGCCACGGAGCUCCUGGUCUGUGUGGUGUUUGCAUUCUUAACUGGCGAAGACAUCAACAAGAGAGGUGGCUCCACAGCCAUUCUCAGCAAGACCAAAAGAGCCAUCGUGUUGCUUAUUUUCGUGAUCAUCUCAAUGCCGAAGCUGCUGAAGAGAUCGAUGGGAGACAACGCCUACAUUUCGAAGAUUGGUGUCUUUUCCAUGUCUGCAGCCGCUAUAGUAUUUGUUGGAAACUGUGUGGUGGUUCUUUCAGAAGGCUGCCAAGAGGAGCCUUGCCCAAAGCCUCCUCCUUUAGUUGGCGGCAACCCUCAAGAAGUUCUUGAGAACAUGGCUACGCUGGCAUUCUCUUUCUCUAUGGUUUUUGCCGUUUUUCCAUUGGUUGGGGAUAAAGCUGCAGCAUGCGGGUCAGUGGAAUCUGCUGCGCAGUCAAUGCGGGCUGUGGUCCGAACAAGCAUAGCCUUCAGUGUUUGCAUCUACUUGCUCGUGGGCUUGACCGGGGCAUUUGCCUAUGGUGCUGACAUCAGGAAGCUGUCCCUGCAAAACUUGCCAAUUGAGUCCCCGCUUCCACAGGUGACUUGCGCAGUGGCCGGAGUUUGUUCGCUUCUCCUCGUGGCCAUUGUGGGAUUUCCAUGUAUCGAGUCAAUCGAGCUCUUCUUCAAAAUGGCCCGCCCUGACAGCAGCAGAGAUGUGCGGGUGGCCAUUGUUUGCAUCGUUGGGAUUGCCUGUGUUGCAAUCGAUGCAUUCAUCGAUACCAAGAUUGCCUUUGCUCUAACAGGUGCGCUGGGCUUGUCACUUGGAGCCUACGUCAUGCCAGCACUGUUGUACCUACGACUGCGGGAUCGCAGCAUGGCUGGCAGCGCGUACAGGUUUGUGAGUGCACUGGUGCUACUUUGUUUUGGUGCAGUUGUGCUUUUGGGAGGAACUCCAGCAACUGUGAUGGGAGCGAUCAAGGCGCACGAGGGCAGCGAGCUUGGCGAGCUUGAGCAGUAUGGAUCUGGCUUGCGACUAGGCCGCGAAAUUGAGCCUGAGAUGUUGAGCAAGUAA